CGGCGCGGCGGGCGAGGCGAGGCGGGCGAGGCCGAGGCCGCUGGGGCAGGGCUGCUGCUGGAGGGCCCGGGCGGGCGCCGCCUCCUCCUCCUCGCCAGGCUGGCCGCGAGCAUGGGCGAAGCCGGGGCGCCGGCGGAGCGCGGCGGCGCCGAGGGCCCGCCCGAGCGCGGCAGCCCCAGCCCGGUGCCGUCGGGCAGCCGCAGCCCCAGCCUGCAGCAGCCGCCGCAGCCGCCCGCGGCGGAGGGCGGGAAGGAGGGGGCGCAGGUGAACGCCAUCACGGUGCUGACGCUGCUGGACAAGCUGGUGCACAUGCUGGAGGGCGUGCAGGAGAAGCAGCAGCGCAUGGAGGGCCGGCAGCUGGAGCUGGAGGCGGCCGUGAAGGGCGUGCAGGGCGACCUGGGCAAGCUGUGCAAGAGCCACGCCUCCACCAGCAACACGGUGGCCAAGCUGCUGGAGAAGUCGCGCAAGGUCAGCGCGCACACGCGCGAGGUGCGCGAGCGCAUGGACCGCCAGUGCGCCCAGGUCAAGCGCCUCGAGCACAACCACGCGCAGCUGCUCCGCCGCAACCACUUCAAGGUCCUCAUCUUCCAGGAAGAGAACGAAAUCCCUGCCAGCGUGUUUGUGAAAGAACCCGUUCCCAGUAUUACCGAGGGGAAGGAAGAGCCUGUUGACGAGAACAAGACUUUGGAAGAAACCAUGCAUACUGUGGAGCUGUCCUCAGAGGACGAAGCACCCCAUGACGAAGACGGCGUGGAUGACAGCUUGGAUGAGAAAAUGGAGGAAUCGAGAGCUGAAAAAAUCAAGAGGUCAAGCCUCAAGAAGGUGGACAGCCUGAAGAAAGCGUUUUCCCGCCAGAAUAUCGAGAAGAAGAUGAAUAAGAUCGGCACCAAGAUUGUCUCCCCUGAACGGAGGGAGAAGAUUAAGAAGUCUUUCACCCCCAACCAUCAGAAGUCCUCCUCCUCGAAAAGUUCCUCUUUCAAGGUUUCUCCCCUUACAUUCAAUGUGAAGAAAGUUCGUGAAGGGGACACCCCCUCAGAAACAGAAGAGAAGCCUGCUGAAGCAGCCGUCAGCGAGCAGGCGGCAAACGAUGAGGAGACCUCUUUCACAGAGGUUCACUCCGAUCUGAUCUCUCCCACUUCUCCAGCUGAAGAAGGGAAAGCGUUUGCUGAUUCUUUAGAAAAAGAAACAAGGAGUGAAGAAGAAGCAAUGAUCAAUAACAACGUUGAGCUUGCCAUUGUUGAAGAAGACGACGACUAUGGGGCUUCCAUGCAGAGCAGAAGGGAGUAUUAUGAAGAAACACACACACAACACACACCAGUCAGCAGGGAAAUGGAACAGUCGGAUGAAGAAUCGCACCAAGCAGCUGUCCUCCACGUAGACCAAACUUCAUAGAUCACCUGUGCCUUCAUUUAUGUUUCUAAAUACAUAUGUUAGCCAUGUCAGAAAAUUUUAUGCCGUGUUGAAUUUAUAUCGCGUGACAUGACAGUUAUAAAGAGCAACGACUGCAGUCCAACAGGAACUUCUGUGCGAGCCCAACAGCAAAUCUGGACGUGGACAGUUCUAAUGCGUUUCAGCAGGGUUUUGCACCUACUCCAGUAAAGGGGUAGUUUCUGUAGCCCGUUUCAGCCAUUGCAUUUUGCAGUAUGUACCCGGACUUUGCAGUGAUACAGCUUCUGAGUAUUAUAGUUUGCAACCAACUGGUGGACAUGGCCAAAAAACUAAAAUGCAUUCCUUUGCAUAUUAAAUCUCUUCGAAUAAUCCAUUCCACUGAAUUACAAAUGUAAGCCAGCUGCAAAACUACCAAGUGCCUAACAAUCUUGUCUUGUUUGUAUGUAUUUUUUCUUUCAAUGCCAAUAAAUCUGCUUUUAUAUAAUAUUGCACUAAAGCCUUGCUCCCCCAUCCCAAGAACUGCAAAUUAAGAAAAGAUACCUAUGAUGGCAAGCUACGCAAUCGAGGCAGCUUUCUGCAAUCAUUUAAAUGCCACUGGAUGUUUCAUCGGAGUUGAUUUGUAAGCAGGACUGUGGAUAGUGGAUUUUUUUUAAAAAAAAAAUUUUAAAGCAAUAUUAUGAGAGGGCUGCAAUCAGUAGAAAUAACUGUGAUAUAAUCUGCCCAUAAUGCAUCUUAACUUUGCAUUAACAGCACUGUAACGUUACUAACUGAAGAUGUGAGCAAGUCAAUAAAAAUCAAACUUAACCAA